GGGAUGACAUUCUGGUUGAGGUCGCAUCCAGGGACGAGUCCAUGAUGCGCCGAGAUGCCAGCAACCCAAUCACCGGUCGCAUGUCGACUUUUGGGUUCGGGUCAUGAUCCGUCGAGAUUCUUAUACCUGAGCAGUUUCAGCACCACUCCCUCGCUUCAUCAGCUAUACAGGACAUGCAGUCUGUACAGUAUCAUCUUUGCCAAGUCUUCGCCAAUAAUUGGUCAAAAGGACGCCAAAAGUGGGACGGUUUAACAUCUAACUGCAUACAACAAAAAAAGUUCACACUGCCAGGUUUUAGUCUUUUUACAGUUGAUUCUACUGAACCACCAUUCCGCAGUGCUAUGAAAACCCCUCUCGUCUUAUCCUCGGGAUUUUCUACCUGUUCAUCAUCCCGGGGAGUGUACUGGAAUUGGGAAUAUGCCGUGCGUCACGUCGUCUCCCCUUCCCCGGUUCGAACGCUGGUCGGUUGCGCCACAGCAACGCCACCCCACCGAACCGGUUCAUUGCAGAAUCAUAACCUUGACUGGCCUAUAACUCCCCCACGGCUAACCACUUCAAGCAGAACAUUAUUCACGAGAAAACGCCCAAAUCUGGUGGAAACCUGGGGAUGCUGCCUGAGGUACUCACUGCAUCCGCGUGACGAUGCUUAUCACUCACUUAGCUUGGUGUCUGUGCGUCUGGCUUCGCCCGCACCUAGACUGUUUACUCCGCUGCGGAGUCACUCCUUCGCUGCUAUUUUCGAUUCAGUAUCACCAGGUCACAAUCCAUCUGCUCAUGGCGAGGGAUAGAUACGAUGGCUGAACAAACCACGAUCAUUCAGCGAGGACAUGCUGCCCAAAUAACACGGAGCAGCCACCACUGGCGACCCCGAGUUCAAGAUACUAACUUCAUUCCACCAAUUGCUAUUCCGCCUCGCCAUAGGUGGCCUGGUUAUGGCCUGAGCCAUCACUGUGCCGUGACGAAUUAAUCCAAGCUAGCUCCGAGCUGUCAUACUAGCAUUUCCCCUCAAACGCCGGACCCUGACCUAUGCCGGUUUGCUCAGCGGCACAUAAGCCACCGCCCCUGGAUUAGAUUAACCCGUAUGGUGGAG